AUGCAUUUCUCCAAAAGUGUUGUCGCCGUCACGGCUUCCUUUGUGUCCAUUGGUCUCGCCGCCGACCCUCUAUCCUUCACCUCCUGGCCCAAGGAGCCCCUCGAACCUGGCAAGCCGGUCACCCUCACAUGGACUGGUGCCACUCCCAAUGAGCCUGUGACCAUCCUCCUCCGCCAAGGUUCCGCGGGCAACCUGCAGGACGUCAAGCCGAUCACUGGCGAGGCCAGGGACGGGACCUUCACCUGGACUCCUGACGACUCUGUCAAAGAAAGCGAUACAUACGCCUUCCAGAUCAAACAAAAAGACCAGACUAACUAUACCGCCCUGCUGAAGGGGGGCAACAAGCCCGCCGCUGAUAUCCCCGAAGCUAAGGUUACCACCUCCGGAACUGGCACUGGCACCACUACUGCUGCAACCACCGGCACCACCGGGACUACUACCGCCUCUAACACCCAGACCACUAGUGGUACUACCGAGGCAACCCAAGGGACCCAGACCACGAUGACUAGCACUGCCAGUAAGGCCCUUAUAAGCUCUGCUGCCAGCCCAUCUGGUAGCCCUUCUGGCAGUCCUUCUAGCUCUGCUGCUGCCAGCUCAACCGAGAGCUUGAAGGCUACCGGUACUGAGGUUGUCAAUGGCAAGGAAGCAUCCUCCACCGAAAGUGCGCAGACUGGCGCUGCUUCUAUCCCGCAAUACUCCGUACAGUUGGUAAUGGGUAUCGCUGGUCUCUUGGCUUACCUUGUCUAG